AUUCCUAUUCCUUCUUCUUAACUCCCAAGCCACGCGUCCUCACUCGCUCUCCACCUUCGUCACCCAACGCCUCGCAGGCACCUAACAACAUCCUCAAAGACAAGCUUGCCACCAACAACGUCCGCAGUCCGUCCCCCGCCGUCCCCAUGGUGCCAAGCAACGACCCCGCAAGUCAGUACACGAUUCUCGAGAAGCUCGGUACCGGCAGCUUCGGCACCGUGUACAAGGGAAUGCACAAUGAGACGAAGCAAAUCGUCGCAAUAAAGCAAAUCGACCUCGAGGACACAGACGACGAUAUCUCUGAGAUACAGCAGGAGAUUGCACACCUCGCGCAAUGCGACAGUGAGUAUGUUACGCGAUAUUACGGCUCAUUCGUCAAGGGCUACAAGCUAUGGAUCAUCAUGGAGUACCUUGCCGGUGGCUCUUGCCUUGACCUCCUCAAGCCUGGUGUAUUCUCCGAAGCCCACAUCGCUGUCAUCUGCCGCGAACUCCUAUACGGCCUUGACUAUCUACACAGUGAAUGCAAGAUUCACCGGGAUAUCAAGGCCGCGAAUGUACUCCUUUCCGCUUCGGGCCGCGUCAAACUCGCCGACUUCGGUGUCGCUGCGCAGCUUAGCCAUACGCUUCGUCAUACAUUCGUCGGCACGCCCUUCUGGAUGGCCCCCGAGGUCAUUCGCCAGGCCGGCUAUGAUCACAAGGCAGAUUUGUGGAGCCUUGGCAUAACUGCGAUCGAGCUAGCAAAAGGCGAACCGCCUCUUGCUGAGUACCAUCCCAUGCGAGUACUCUUUCUCAUUCCGAAAGCGAAACCUCCGACGCUAGAGGGUGCCUUUAGUCCUGCGUUCAAGGACUUCGUUUCGCAGUGCCUGACCAAAGACCCGAAGCACCGCCCAUCAACAAAGGAACUCUUACAGCACCGCUUCAUCAAGAAUGCACGCCGAACCAGCUGUCUUACCGAACUCAUCGAGCGAUAUCAGGACUACGCCGCGCGCACGCCGCAGAAGAAGGGUGCCCAAAAUGGGAUAGGCAUCAUCCCGCCAGCGCAGCAGAGUUUACGUGGGACGUGGGGGCGCAAUGACACCGUCAGGAGCGAAUGGAUAUUUGAGACCGUUCGGUCCAAAUCCGGCGGAAGCGCCACUAACACGUAUCGUUCACUCGCGCAAGUGCAUUUCGGUGCGAAUGGGGCGGCGAUGCCACCAGGGAUGAUUCCGGAUGAUGAUGCGUCGUAUUACGACGAUGAAGGUGAAAUAGAGGGUCUUGCACCGAUUGAGGAGAGCGAGGAUUCCUAUGACUCUGGUGCAGCGACGAAGGGAAGCGAGGAGCGGCUAUCUGGCGCUGGCGCCCGGCUGGGGAUGAACGAUGAAGCAUCCCACUCGACUGUCGUUAUCCGACCACCACUGCCGCCUAACGGGCGAGCUGCUUUCGACGGGAAAGAUUUUGCUGACGAGGCUGUUGUAGACGCUGAUGCUGGUGGAUUGGGUGCACCUCCUGCAUACGAUCAACCUGGGAUAUCUCAACAAGAUCAACUACCUCAGCAACAGCAACAGCAGCGGGCACCGAGGACCACUCCGUCACCACCCCCGAGCCCGAGAUCGGAACGACGGCGUUCAACACAUGCGGAGCGCACAAAAACAGGGGGGAGCGGCACAGCCCUACGUCCAGCAGACAUUGGGAAUGGUAUUGACACUAUCCGACCGGUGAAGCGCGUCGAUGCCGCCGGGAGUCUGAGGCUCAGUGCAGAGUAUGUUGGAGCCGUACGUGAGGGCACCGAUGGCAGCGUGCGGAUAAAUGGGACUGCUAACUUUGAAGGAAAAGACCAUCGAAGGAAGGCUAGCGAUAAUGCUCGCGCUGGUAGGGCAAUGGUAGAUGAGAUCGUCGUUCCCAUUGUCCAGAAUGCGAUCCAAGACGGAAUGGAAGCGCACGAGAUUGAGGCGCUUAGCAUGCUCGCACGCGGAUUCGUUGACCUGCGCGAAGCAAAUCCUGAGCUCGCAUACUCCGUCAUCUUGGACAUCCUCGCUGGGAUCAACGACAACAACGCGGUUCGGCAACAUGUGUCUACCCUGCGUGGUGGGCUCUUCCCUGCGAAGCGUGUGAUAAGGCGUGGAGAGAUGACUUCUCGAGGUUUGGUAGUUAUAGAACAAGAGUCCGACGAGGGUCAUGGGCAGGUGAAUGGAGUGAAUGGGCAUUCAAUUGUUGGACCUACAGUGGCACCAUCGAACACUUCGACAAAGAGCGGUGGUAGCGGCGAUGAGCCUGCUAAGAAAUCACCGAUCGCAGAGCUGCUCUAUAUGCGUUGGCUGGAGGGUCUCAAGUUGAAAUGGCCGCUUCUCUAGCGUUGGCGUAUUCUCCAUGUGAGGCGACUCUGUUCAUGUACUCCCUACUAUGAUCGAGGGGUAUAUGAUGCAGAGUUGGGUGCUAGGCAGGGUGUCUUAUAGUACUCGUCAGCUGCCUCCUUCGUUCUUGCUCUUUGAUUGCCGCCUCGAUUUGAUCUUCAACGCACCUUUAGGGGUGGUCUUAUAGGUGUCUCUCGCAUCCGCAAUAUCCGUUGCUCGCUUACUUAACCGUCUUAACCCCUCCCCUCCCUUCUUGAUCCCUUCCUAACCUAGAAUAACAUGACACCUGACGAAUAACUGCGACGAGAAACUACUGCAAUGUGCAACCUGCGACGUUGUAACGUAUACCAAAACAAUGUUCUUACGAACGAUACCGGGUCCGACGUGACACUCCCCCCGACCUUGAUAUUCGGCGGUGAUCCCUACGUGACCCACUUGCCCCAUAUUUUCCUGUAUUUCCCCUGUACUCCUCCUGUACUCCUCCCUAUUCUGUAAUUCUCAUUGGCUAUGACCGCUGUCAACCCUUCCUCAUACUUCCAUAUCUUGUUCGCCGCCACUCUGACUUCUUGAACGUUGUUCCUCAACAUCUCACUCAUCACCAUCUUCUCCUCUGUUCACCAUUAACCUGUCAUUACCAUUCACUAUCUAUGAGACGCUCAUUCAAUACAUACUCAUCAUCGUCGGGGGAUGUUUGUUACUUCGUCCUUUCGUCCCACCGUUAAUCUAUUCAUAUCAAUGCUAUGACUAUCCGCAUCGCUUCAUCUGUCUUCAUCUGUCCUUUCCUUUUCUGUCAUCCUGUUUCGUCUUCGUCUUAUUCCUUUCAUUCCUCUUGUUAUCCUCCUGGUUGUGAAUUACACACGUGAUUUGAAGAAGACGGGUAUUAAUGUACUUAGUAUUUGUUUGUGACGAGCACUUCUAAGUUUCUUGGUUCUGUUUAUACUUGUUUUGUUACAUUUUUUGACUUGAUAUUUGAUGGUUAUUUUUAGGCUGGGUUUUUAGUGAUGUUUUUUUUGUCACUUCUAACGCUCGUUUUCGUGCGUUCCCCCUUUCUCAUCUGCGCAUCUAUGGACGUAC